AUGAAGUGUCAUAUUUGCGAAAUUAAUGAACCCAAAUAUAAAUGUCCAAAAUGUAGAAACGUCAAGUAUUGUUCUGUUGCAUGUUACCAAAAUCAUCUAUCAGGUGAUUGUACAACAAGCAACCAAGAUGCAUCGGUUGAAAUGUUAAAAAAUGUACAGCUGUAUCCAACUGAAGACACAAUCCCAUCCGAAAAAUUAAAUUUACUUUGUUAUGACAAUCGUCUAAAAGAAUUAGUUUCUGAUUCUUUUUUACAAAAACUAUUGGAAAAAAUAGACAACAGUACUAAUCCUAAUGAAGAAUUGGAAAAAGCUAUGAUUGAACCAAUAUUUGAAGAAUUUGCUAGGAGAUGUUUGGAAAUUGUAAGGGAUGAAAAAGAAAAUUGA